AUUGGAACUUGUACAUCGUUUGGAUUAUUUUUAUAAAGUGUAUUCAUUCACAAACAAAAAAAGUAUAUUUGAUCAAGUAGAAUGCAUUGAAGCAAAAUAAAAAGAACGAAAUAUAUAUGUUUAAAGUUCUUUUCUAUUGUUUUUUCGUGCGAACUUCAAGGGAUGAAACACAUAAACUUGAAAAAUAUUCGGCGCCACACAACCUCUUUCGGAAAACAUGCACAAAAUUGUCUAAAAGUAACAGUAUACUCGAACUAAAAAAAAUAGCAAAAAAGAGAGAAAAAAGCCAUGACACAAUUCCCAUCAGUUUUUCAAAACGUCCUGAACGAGGCAAACCAAAGCAAUGCUCAGCAGCCCCAGAUGUCACAGACAAAUUAUCCACAGCCGAUGCAGACGAAACCGAUAGGAUCGUUUAAUCAGCAGAUCAUGCGAAAACCCGUUCUUCUUCGAUCGCAGUGGUGGAUCAUGGACGAAACGAUUUUCUGGCUGAUUACGGAUUCCAAGCAGCGGGAGGUUUUCAGCAACCCUUGCAUAAUGCGCCGAUGACCGCUCCGCAAUCGGCGAUCAACCCUCAGAUGCAUCCUUAUGGCAACUGGUAUUCUGCUGGCAUGGGUCAACAAUCGCAGCAUCAGAAUCCGCAACAAGCUGUGGUUCCAGGGUAUGGACCGUUGCCGCAGAAUCUUUUGGAUCAGAUCCGCUACUGUACGGCAACGGCAGCGUCGCCGAUUUUUAUUCUUCCCAGUGGAACAGUCGGUGGAAAUCAACCGGCUUCCAACUGCCCGUCGCCGAUUUACUCGCCUUCUUGUAUUCCCUACCCUGUACCUAUGCCGAUCCUCCAAUCUUCUGAGAGCGACUGCAAAUGCUCGAGCAAAAAAUCAAAAAGUUGCAUCAACGAGGCCUACGAGCAGUGGACGAAAGACGCUUGCAGAAACGGCACGAGUAGCAACAGUGGACUCUGCAAUAGAUCAAAAGUAGAUUCCAGUUGCGAAUCUUGGCUGGAGCAUCGAUGCGAGGAAAGCAACGAGGGCGCAGUAUGCACGAAGAAAAACUGCCCGGCAUCGAUUCAACUGCAAGCGAUGGUCUCGCAGUUGCUCGGUAUUCAAGGAAUCAUCUCCUCGGCCAUUACACGGAUGUUGCUGAAGAGGAUCCCAGGCUCAAAUAUCAGCGAAUCCAUCGAGGAUAUGAUGGAUAAGUCCAAACGAUGCAUAAGACAGUUCAGCAAGGAGCAGCUGCUCAAGGAAUCAAAAUCCAGUCAACAGGUCAACAAACUGCUCAGCCUCUACCUUACAUCCGCCUCGACACUCCCACGUCUCAUCCCGAUUCUCACGACUGCUCAACUCAAAAGCAAUAUUUUGCGCUCGUUCGUCGAGAGUUUCGUAAACGCUCGACUCAUGGAGGACCAGGGCUGCAUUAGUUCCGAGGCUCCAGAUCCCCUGGACGAGCUGAUCCUCCAGAUGAAGUCCGACGACGAACUGCGCCAGCUGAUGUCCAAUCUGAGAGAGAAAGAAUGCGAGGAGAGGGUAAACCUGAACUUCUCGGCAUACGGAUCACAGAGACAGGUUACCGAAGCAAGACUUGUCAAUGUCCAGAAGAAGAUUGAUCAGGUGGAGAGGGAGAUGGAGAGGAGACACCGACAGACUGGUGUUCGGGAGAUGUGGCGGAAGUGGCCCGAGAGUAAUUGUGAUGAUGAUUCGCGUGCUCGCAGGACGAGAAUAGCAGAGUCAGAGCUCGAUACCGAUACUCCAGUGAGCCCUCGUAGGCUCAUGCUGAGGCCACAUGUCGGGAGUCCAGAGACCACGUAUCGGAAACCAAGCGAUAUGGGAUCGAGCCUUUGCGAAGAGGUUGGGAGGAAUCGUACUGUAAAAGCUGUGAGUGGGGUAUAUACUUUGGACGUUGGCGAAACAGAAGUUUGCGAUAAAGAUAAUGUAGAGAAAGGAAGAAAAACAAAAUGCUUUCAUAUUAAGUUAGAAGACGCGGAUUGCUGAGUACCGUACACAGAUCAAACUGAAAAUCGCGAAAAAACUUAAGUGGAAAAUUUAAAUGUACAAUAAUGAUGAUGUAAGAAAGGUAACAUGAACAUAAAAGUGUAAGAUUAAAUAUUGAUAAGAUGAGUAAGUGUUUUUCUAGUAGAAUAAACGAAUGAUCUAAAAAUAAAAUAAUAUUGUAUUAGUAA